CUGUUUGAUGGCUAUCUAUCUCGGAGAAACUCUGCGAGACAGAUGGCCAUCAGAAGCCUCAGCCCAGCUCCCUGCCUGCUGGAGCAGGUGAAGGAGGAGGACCCGGUGGUGAUUGGCGAUGCCGUUCUGCACGGGAAGCAUGUGGUAGGUGCAGACGAGCUGCGGCACGACCAGACGCUGCGCUGCACGGCCAAGGGCACGGUGCGCAAGGUGCUCCCGAAUGUGGACGUUGGGGAAACCUUGCUGCCUGAUCUGGGAGUGGCCAUCAUUGCGUUUCCCAUUGUGAGACCACCGGGGUUGGUGGAGAGGCCUCAGAAAUAUGACUUUUUUGUGGUCACAGAGCGCACAUACCGAUUCAAUCUUUUCCAGGUUCACCCGGGUGAGCACGUGGUGAUGGGCCAGGCGCUCUUCGAUGGAAAGCCGGUGAUAGGAGAAGAAUUGGGCGAGUCAGUGAGCAUCAAGGCCAAUAGUUCUGGACAUGUGGAGAUGGUCCUCGAGACGUUGCAUCCCAACUACUUCGUCCUAAAGGAUGUGGCGGUGAUGCUGAUUCGGCCCAAGGUCCUUUGGCCUCCUGGGAUACAGGCUGAAAGCCCUCAGGAUCACAUCCUCACAACGGAUCGCGUCUUGGUUUUCUUGGAAUGGAAGGCUCACAUUGACGAUGAAGUGAGUCCGGGCGACCCUCUCAUGCUCGCGCAAGACUGGGGUUCUGGAAAGCCACACGUGCUCCAUGCCUCUGUGAAAGGCCUUCUCAGCCACCCAAGGUUUAUGGAGAAGGGUCAGAUCAUCGAAAUGGGUGUGGGAGUCGCGAGGAUCACUGUGGAGGUGACCACAACUUCUUACAAUGCCAGUGCAGCGCAGAUUCAGGGAAGCGAGGACUCCUUCAACCCUUUUCUUUGGCUCUCCAUCGGUGCCGGUGUCGUCAUAGGGCUCAUGUUGGCUGCAGUCGUCUUUUUCUAUCCAAAGGUCCUGCGGCGACUUUGCAUCCUGAUCACAGGUCCACCUCCUCGUCCUCCACCGGAGGUGGUCUCUGUGUCGACAUCUGAAACUGUGACGGUUCAGCACGAGGGAUUUCGCCAUGACCCGACCAACCAGCAUUAUGAGCAUCAUCACAUUAUCCAUCACCAUCACCAUGGUGGUCACCACCACCAGGGGGGUGGCCAAUGAUAAGCCGAAUCAAUGACUGGCUCCGAAAGGAUCCGAAUGGUCAAAACACAACCCGGGUGUUUCGAGCCUGGGUGUGAGUUGAAAUCCUUUGUCUUGA